AUUCAUUUAAAAGCAGCUCAUUGUUAACACGUUUGAAUUUGAUUCCAGUUAUCAGCCAAUGCAGUUAUCAAAUAAUCAAAGAUUAUGUCUAGUAAAGAGGAAUUAAACGAGGCCUAUGUCAAAGAUCCUCGAAUUCCUUGCAAAUGGGGAGCUAAGUGUUAUCAAAAGAACCAGGUCCAUCGUGACAAGUAUAAACACCCACCGCUAAGGGAACAGGGAAAAAAUGAAGGAAUACUAAAAACUACACAACGAAUUCAGCAUGAUCCGAAAAAAGAAAAUCAAAUCCGGCCGAGGUCCCCAGAUACCGAUUCCGAACUUCCUGAACCAAAAAAAUCUUGUUUGUCUCCUGAAGCCACAAAGACUGUAGAAGAUAUUGACUCUGUUCUAGUUGAAAGAAGUUCUGAUCUUGAAACAAGGCAUGGAAAUAAUUCUGGAAUUGAGGGUGAAAAGAAAGAAUCUGAACUACAAGGUGUUGAAAAAAAUGAUCGUGCGCCUGAGAGUACUGAACCAAAGCAGUUGAUAUCUGAAGAAGUAGAUGUGAAGAAAAUUAUAAAAACAAGGUUUUUGGUGGAAAUGCCAGAUGAUUUUUAUAAAUUUUAUAACCUUUGCAAAGAGAUCUUGCCCAAAGAUCCAUCGAAUGCAUUCAAAGCUGUUGAUUUAGUGCUAGUUGGGCCGUAUGACGUUUUAAACGGAAAAUUAUUGAACUCUGAAAUUGAAAAUAAGGGGGAUUAUCUGAUACAUUGGAGAUAUUUCUACGAUACUCCAGAGUUCCAGACAAUUCUGAAAGGCAAUGAUAAAGAUGGUCUGCAUUAUGGCUACUGGAGAGACGAGCCAAAAGAGAAUCCAAUUUUUGUUGCAAAAAAUAUUUCAAAAAUGGGCUGCAAGAUCAAACCUGUGGCUGAAACAAUAUUUGGUGCAGUAGAUAACUAUCUGGAAGAAAAAUUGAAAGUUGCUACUCCUUUCGAAAAAGCAAAACUAGUCACUCUGCGUCAGCGAGUAAAAAAAUCUGCGAGUUUGAACAAUAUUUCUAUGGAUAAAAACACAGACAGAAUGAAAGCCAGGGAGAGACAAGUCGUAGCAAGAACAUUCCAUGGUGCUGGCAUCGUUGUGCCUUACAAUAAAAAAACACAGUUGGGGUACAGAGAAUUAUCACUGACUGACACACACUUGAAGAAAACCUUGAAUAGUAUUGAGAACGCAGAAGAUAACAAUGAAAGAGCAAAGCACUUGACCGCUAUUGAGGAAGCUGAACGUUUGGCUACCAUAGCUGCCGAUGAGUGUGAUUUUGGAACGUGUCUGGAAUUAGGUCACGAUUUAUUUUCUAACGGUGGUCAACACGUCCAGAGUACUGCCCUUCGAAUGUUGUCGACUGCCUACACUUUGUUGAAUCGUUUAGAAUUUUUGGAGAUAGCAAAGGCUCAUUGUAAAAAUAGGAAGAUUGGUUCUUCACUCAGUAUUGUAUAAUAAUCACAUCUAUUGACUUUUCAGUUUUAACUUCUGACCUUUGAUAAUAAUACAGAAGAUCAUUGAUGCAUUA